AUGAAGCCCAUCACCACCAACCUUCCCAUUCUGAAUCUCACCACCAUCCCUCACGUGCAGACACACACCACCAUCAUCAUCAUGACGAUCACCACAGCCCAUCAAGCCAUUCUAAGGAGAACUCUCCUGUCAGUGUAUCAACUGCAGAGCCGGAGUCAUUGUUCCAUUCCAGCAAGUCUUCCAGGAAUACCACCAGCCCCACGAAUCAGGACGAGCAGCAGACAGGCUACAGCGGCUCAGCUGCCUCUCUACAUAAAGUAUGACUGCACCGGGAGUUGGGUUUAUCACUAUUGUUAGUUAUGUCAUGCAUUAUCUACUGUACACUGUAUAUUUAUUGACCAGUUUGUACCGUUGCACGUGUUUUACAUUCUUAAUUAAGCAAUUAUGUAAGAAUAUUCCAUUCAUUUGCUUUCCAUUGAUUGUGGCAUUAAACAUGCAGGCACCUACCUACAAUCCCCGAGCCGACUAGGUAAAAAAUCUGUCGGUGCCCUUGAGCAAGGCACUUAACCCUAAUUGCUCCUGUAAAUCGCUCUGGAUAAGAGCGUCUGCUAAAUGACUAAAAUGUAAAUGUAAAUAAUCAUAGAUGACACAUCAAAAAGUGAUCACAUGCAAACUCACGUGUGUUAAAUUAUCACACUUUGUGUCACUAUUGGUUAUCAAUGUCUAAUAACUGGAAGCUGCAGAAUCCAUUUCUAUUUAUGAAAUGCACGUUGUUGACGACUGUAAAAAUCAAUUUCUGUUUUGUCCUUCCCAUACAGGAAGGAUCUGAGGUUGAUCGAAUAAUGUGAGUUUGAUUUUAUGUUUAAUUUUAUCUCUGUCUUGUUGCUUAUUGGUGGAAUAAUUUUAAUAGACAAUGUAAAAUACAAAUCUGUUCCAUGUUAUUGUUGUUUAACAAAUGAAUAAAUGUUUCAUUAAGAUACUAAUUAUUAUCUAACUGAGCACUAACCCCUCUCCCCCCUCCUCUCUCCUACUCCCUUCAGGAUGCUUCAGGGGCAAAAUAAGGAUCUGCACCACAGUUUGCUCCAGACUGCCGUGCGAAUGGAGUGCAUGGGGACUGAGUUUAAGAGCAGUCACCAGCUCCUUGAGUCAGAACUACAGAACACACGUGUGGAGCUGAGCAGCCUCCUGGACAAAUUCAAAAGGUCAGGGGGGGGGGUUGUAAGUAAUUGGGAUGGGUACCUCAGAAUUAAAAGGGGGUUCAGGGAGGAAAAUCAGUGUGGCAGUUCCAAUGUUAUUUCAUUUGCCAUUCAUUUUGAGUUGAUAUGCAUGACAUUGACAAGCUUAGCUGUAACUCUGACAAUCCUUCUCUCUCUCUCUCUCUCUCUCUCUCUCUUGCAUUUCAGACUUAGGGAUAACUACUCCUACACUCAACAGACCAAUAAUCUCUUGGAGCGGAAGCUUCAUUCAGUGGUGAGGCACCAGCAGAUGGCUCAUUUGACUUUUUUAAGUCAAUAGAAGUACAUUUUUUAAGUAUCUGGAAAAUUAUAUUACAAUUGUUGUCUUAUGUGUGUGAUUUGUCAGGCUCAGAGUAUGGACGGGGAGCGUGAGCAUCUGAACCAGCGCAUCACAGCCCUGACAGAUCAGCUGUCCUCAGCCAAGUCCACCAUCCACAGCAUGGAGACUAUUAAUGUGAGAACUCCUCCUGAUGAACAGAUCUAGCUGAGACAAAAAGACAACCUAAAAUGUGCGCAAAACCAGAUCAGAGUGGCCAAGUACAGCGAAAUACUGUUAGUACAGGCCCUGAAUCAAAUUCGCCUGACCUUUAUGAUCCCCUGACCCUCCAGCCCCAACCUUGGAAUGCAUUGCAGUAAGAAUUAGCUGUAGUGUAUGGCAUGCACUUACACAAUGUUAGACCUUUACACUCGUACCCUAAAUUGGAACAUAGUGGCUGUACAGUAACAUGCUAUACAUGACGUCACAGCUCUGCAUGGGUUUUGACUGACAGCCGAUCUGAACUUGAGCACAGUGCGACAAGAAGUUUCCCCAUCUCUCCCGGUAAUUGGCCAACUUUUGCACCAUUUUUUUGGUCUGAGCGAGGGAAAUGCUGUAUAUUAAUAUGACUAGAUGCAUUUUGAAAGAUGAGACGUUGAGGAUUAUAAUAAAUACCGCUUUGAUGUCAUACAAGCAAGCCAAAAACUUGUGAGUCCAAAUGUGCACUUCACAUCUCCAAAUCAUAAAACUCAUGUCAUAUACAGAUAUAGGAUCUUAAUUUGAUCACUCUUUUGUUGCUGAUCAUUUUCAUGCACAGCAGGAAAUGCAAACUUGUAGUGCAUUCAAAGUUUAUUAAAAAGACUUCUAAAGUUUGUAAUUUCCACUUUAAAAUGUCAGACUUGAUUUGCCCUAAUGAAAAAUGUAUCAACCCCUAAUUUCUUAAAAUAUGAAUUAUAAUCCACAUAAUAAUUCACAUUUCCUGUUGCUGCAGGAUUAUUUUCCUGCUGUAGCAAACUGGCUCAAAUUAAGAUCCUACAUCUAUCUGUACAGUGUCAACAUUUAUGAUCACUAUGUUUGAUGUACAGUUAAUGGCGUCAUACCCUGAGUUGUUCUGAACGGAAUGAGCCUAUGUUUGUUUAUUGUGAAGAACAUUUGCCACCGCGCACCUGACUGCACUCAUGACUCCUUUCUAUCCGCACCAAAAUUAUUAUCUGUUUCUCUGAAUUGACUUUUGGAAGCCUAACACUGUAAGAUCGUAUUUUAUAACUUAGCUAGUCAUGUUGGCAAUAGAACAAGCUUUCAAAUCAUGCCCACCUGACGCAGAUUGCGAUUUAUAAUGGUCCGAUUUUGGAUCGCGAAAACAACAACAGUAAUUUUGUGAUGGCUGGAGAUGCAGAGUUGUGUUCCAAACGAAACAACUACAAGUGUGUUUGCUCUAGUUCCUCGACGGCACAGCUAGGAGAGCUAAAUAAAAGUAGGGUAUAGUUGCAGACUCUUCUAUGAGUCAUAGAAGUACAUUGAAAUUGCUUUGGAACUGUGCACACUUUGGAGAGGUGUGGCCACUUGGCGACACCAGUUAGUCCUCUCACUCAAACCCUUGUCAUUUCUUUGUCUUAUGUUGCACCUACUCCACAUUUUCCAGGAAUAGUCUUAUCAUGUUGAUGAAUGAUUUUCUGAUUUCGUUAUGAACAAAUGCGGCGAAAAGCACAGUAAAUGUAAAAUGCACUUAAAUCAAAAGUGUAAUGUUUGGAUUCAGUCUUGUGUCAGGUGAACUGUUGUGCACGCACCUUUGGUCUAAUCAUUUUUCCAUUAUCUCCAAACUGUUCCCAUUCUAUUGCUACCAUGGUUAUGUAUAUGCUUUUUAUAUUUCUUGUGUAAGAAACAUUUCAAUUUAGCCCUAACCGUAUAGGUCAAUUCCCACGAGUGUAAUGGGUUAACGAAUUGUAACUACACUAUAUAUACAAAAGUAUGUGGACACCCCUUCAAAUGAGUGGAUUAGGCUAAUUCAGCCACACCCGUUGCUGAAAGGUGUAUAAAAUCGAGCACACAGCCAUGCGAUCUCCAUAGACAAACAUCAUAAUGGCCUUACUGAAGAGCUCAGUGACUUUCAACGUGGCACCGUCAUAGGAUGCCACCUUUCCAAUAAGUCAUUUUGAAAAAAUUCUGCCCUGCUAGAGCUGUCCAGGUCAACUGUAAGUGCUGUUAUUGUGAAGUGGAAACGUCUAGGAGCAACAACGGCUCAGCCGCGAAGUGGUAGGUCACACAAACUCACAGAAUGGGACCGCCGAGUGCUGAAGUGCAUAAAAAUCCUCUGUCCUCGGUUGCAACACUAACUACCGAGUUCCAAACUGCCUCUGUAAGCAACGUCAGCACAAUAAUGGGGCGGCAGGUAGCUUAGUGGUUAAGAGCGUUGUGCCAGUAACCGAAAGGUCGCUGGUUCUAAUCCCCGAGCCGACUAGGUGAAAAAUCUGUCUGUGCCCUUGAGCAAGGCACUUAACCCUAAUUGCUCCUGUAAGUCGCUCUGGAUAAGAGCAUCUGCUAAAUGACAAAAAAUGUAAAUGAAAAAAAAAAACUGUUCAUCGGGAGCUUCAUAAAAUGGGUUUCUAAGACCGAGCAGCCGCACACAAGCUUAAGAUGUGCAAUGCCAAGCGUCGGCUGGAGUGGUGUAAAGCUCGCCGCCAUUGGACUCUGGAGCAGUGGAAACACGUUCUCUGGAGUGAUGAAUCACGGUUCACCAUCUAGCAGUCCGACGGAAAAAUCUGGGUUUGGCGGAUGCCAGGAGAACGCUACCUGCCCGGAUGCAUAGUGCCAACUGUAAAGUUUGGUGGAAGAGGAAUAAUGGUCUGGGGCUGUUUUUCAUGGUUCGGGCUAGGCCCCUUAGUUCCAGUGAAGGGAAAUCUUAAUGUUACGGCAUACAAUGACAUUCUUGUGCUUCCAACUUUAUGGCAACAGUUUGGGGAAGGCCCUUUCCUGUUUUAGCAUGACAAUGCCCCCGUGCACAAAGCGAGGUCCAUACAGAAAUGGUUUGUCGAGAUCGGUGUGGAAGAACUUGACUGGCUUGCACAGAGCCCUGACCUCAACCCCAUCGAACACCUUUGGGAUGAAUUGGAACGCCGACUGUGAGCCAGGCCUAAUUGCCCAACAUCAGUGCCCGACCUCACUAAUACUCUUGUGGCUGAAUGGAAGCAAGUCCCCGCAGCAACGUUCCAGCAUCUAGUGGAAAGCCUUCCCAGAAGAGUGGAGGCUGUUAUAGCAGCAAAGGGGAGACCAAUUCCAUAUUAAUGCCCAUGAUUUUGGAAUGAGAUCGUUGACGAGCAGGUGUCCACAUACUUUUGGUAAUGUAGUGUAUGUUCCUCUUUGUAUAGUAUAAAAUGUCUCCUUCAUUUCACCACCCACAUCUCCCAUUAGUUUUACCUUUUGUUUAUUCCUCAAGCCCAUUUUAGUUCAGAGUGAAACCACCAAUAGAAAUCAUUGUUUUUGCUUUGAGCUGCAUGUAGUUAGUAAAUGCUGUUUUACAUAGCCCGUUGUUUCUAAAGCCCAUUGUUAUAGAGCUAUGAGUUGUCCUUUAGUCUUGACUCAGCUUUUUUCUUUAUGUAUUUUUUCUUGAUGUACAAUUGUUCAUUAUUCAUUGUCAUAACAACAUAACUGUAUUCUGUUCUGUGUUAUCCAUUUUCAUCCCUUAGGUAACAUCCUUGCUGCAGGAAGCCCUCGACAAACAUUUCCACCCAGAUGAUUCUGUCAAUCAAUUCCUUCUCCCUGUUGCCCCCCCUCCAGUCCAAUUCAUGGAUAGUCAUCAUUAUGGAAAGGUCACCACCAAAGGGGAGGACCUAUCACUGGGAACAUUGCCAGAAGAGGAGGAAUCUGAUUGGUCGGAAAUGGGGGAUGAGGCACCAAAAUGCAUUCUGAGGUCAGUGGGAGGUCAUCAUGGUGGCACAGCGUUUCAACCGUGGAGACAGGAGCGUAUUUGCUGGGAAGGACAGGGAGAGGGAGACACAGAGAGUGAGUCAGGGGGUGAGGAGAUUGUCAGACGACACCCUCCCCGCUCCCUGCAAAUCCCCAAUCUCCAUGUCACCAUUCACUCUGAGACCUUACCAGCCCCCAUGGAUGAUGUCACCCUCACCACCAGCUUCAAGAACUCAGCUGAUGGCCCAGAGGAGGACGGGUACAGGGUCACUGCGAGCCGCAAACUGGGCUCUCCCAUCCGCAUUCUGUCAGCCAGUCUGGAUGAGAUCCCCUCCUCCAGGGGGCAGAAGCACAGACAGGAGGAGCAGCAUGGCCAGCUGAAGGGCACAGAGGCCAUGAUGGACCUCCACCAACCAGAGGACGGUACCAUGGACGACUCAGAAGAUGAGAUCAUCCGUAACUGGAGGACAAGGAGCGAGGACAUGGGUGAUGAUGGAGGUGUGGAUGUCAGAGAGGUAGAUCUUGGCAGCAGCUUGGACAAUCUGCAGUCGGCCCAAAAUAUGCUCAAUCACUUCAUCUGCCAGCUGCAGCCUAGUGUGGAGGAGGGGCGGGGCUGGACCGGAGGGGUGCCGGACGAAGUGCUGAAUGGGGAGAGAACACAGCUGUGA